GGUUUACUUUCGCUUUUGUUUCAUUUUUCACAUCCCUUAGAAUAAAUAAAAACCACCAGCAACUUGAAGCUGUUCUAGGGUUUCUGUUUCGCCGCUCAGGUUUCGUGAAAAGAAUCUAUCUUGAGUAAUGUCUCCAGCUAAAGUUGAUGUCACCAAGAAAGCCGACCCUAAGGCUAAGGCUUUGAAAGCUGCGAAAGCAGUGAAAUCUGGCCAAAUCCUUAAAAAGCCUGCUAAGAAGAUCAGGACAAAGGUGACUUUCCACAGGCCAAAGACAUUGACCCUUCAGAGGAAUCCUAAGUACCCAAGGAUCAGUGCUACUCCAAGGAACAAAUUGGAUCACUACCAGAUCCUCAAGUACCCUCUCACCACCGAGUCUGCCAUGAAGAAGAUCGAAGACAACAACACCUUAGUCUUCAUUGUUGACAUCCGUGCUGACAAGAAGAAGAUUAAAGAUGCUGUCAAGAAGAUGUAUGACAUUCAGACCAAGAAAGUCAACACCCUCAUUAGGCCCGAUGGAACGAAGAAGGCGUAUGUGAGGUUGACUCCUGAUUAUGAUGCUUUGGAUGUGUUGAAGCAAUUGGAGCCAUGGUGUGAGCUUAAAGACAAAGUGGUUCUUGUGACUGGAGCUUCCUCUGGUAUAGGAAGAGAGAUCUGUCUUGAUCUUGCCAAAGCUGGUUGUAAGAUUAUUGGAGCAGCUCGUCGUGUCGAUCGUCUCAACUCUCUCUGCUCCGAAAUCAACAGCUCCAACUCAACCGGGAUCCAAGCUGCAGCUCUUGAGCUAGACGUUUCAUCAGAUGCAGCCACCAUUCAAAAAGCGGUAAGGGAAGCUUGGGACAUCUUUGGAAAGAUCGAUGCGUUGAUCAACAAUGCCGGAGUCAGUGGCAAUGUCAAGUCGAGUUUGGAUUUGUCCCAGGACGAAUGGGACAACAUCUUCAAGAUCAACUUAAGGGGACCUUGGUUGGUAUCCAAAUAUGUUUGUGUUUUAUUGCGUGACGCUAAAAGAGGUGGCUCAGUGAUAAACAUCUCCUCGAUAGCCGGGGUCCGCGGUAGCACGCCCGGUGGACUUGCUUACGCUUGUUCCAAAGGCGGUGUUGACACCAUGUCAAGGAUGAUGGCAAUUGAGUUAGGUGUUCACAAGAUCAGAGUGAACUCGAUCGCGCCGGGGCUUUUCAAGUCUGAGAUCACACAAGAUCUUAUGCAAAAGGAAUGGCUCAAGAAUGUGACCAAGAGGAUUGUGCCGCUAAAGAUGCAACAGACCGUUGAUCCAGGGCUUACUUGUCUCGUUCGCUAUCUCAUUCAUGACUCUUCUCAAUAUAUCCUCAAGUACCCUCUCACUACUGCGUCUUCCAUGAAGAAGAUCGAAGACAACAACACGUUAGUCUUCAUUGUUGACAUCCGUGCUGAUAAGAAGAAGAUCAAAGAUGCUGUCAAGAAGAUGUAUGACAUUCAGACCAAGAAAGUUAACACCCUCAUUAGGCUGGAUGGAACGAAGAAGGCGUAUGUGCGGUUGACUCCUGAUUAUGAUGCUUUGGAUGUGGCUAACAAAAUCGGGAUCAUCUAAUUUGAUCAUCGUUGCUCUGUGAUUUCACUUUUGCGGUUGAAACAGACUUCUGGUUUUUCUCUUCCAUAGUCUCAGUUUUGCUAGAGAGUAGAGAAGUUAAGAUAUUACCAUCAUCUCUUUGUUAUGCUUUUAUCUUUUGAUUCAAAAAGAUUUAUAUGUUUGGUAUUUGUUGAUGCGUCAUAGUUUCUUUUUAGAUCUUUUUCCAAUGCGAACUCACUGAUCCCGGUUUAAUCUGGUUUAAAUCGUACCUUCAUAAUAACCAACUCAAAAUUCA